AUGAUGAAAAUUAAGUACAAAAAUUUCAAUGGAAUAAAUAAAGAUAAAAAAAAAGGAAAAGAAGAAAUGGAUUGGUUGAACUUUUUAGUUCAUCCAUGUUACUAUACAAUUUUUGAUCUAGAAAAAGAUGAUUUAUUAAAUGAGGAUAUUCGCUUAAACUUUUUAUAUUAUGCAGAAAAUUUAAAUAUUUAUGAUAAAGAGGAAAUAUUAGGAUUAUAUAAAAAAAAUGAUAAUAUAGCAAGAGAAUUAAGUUUUACAAAAAGUUGUGAAUUAAUUAAAAAAAGUUAUAAAUUAAAAAUUCCUAUAAUUUUUCAAAAUUUAAAAAAUUUUGAUUUACAUAAAAAUGAUAUAAUUGAUUAUUUGUCUGUAAAUUAUAAAUUAGGACAUAAUUGUAUAGUAAGAAAGGAAAUGAAAAAAGUGGAAAAAAAAAAAUGUUUUAUUAUUGAUAGUGAAAUGAUAUACUCUAUGACCCCUGAGUAUAUAUCAAAUAAAAUUGCUAAUAAUAUAUUAAUGAGUAACAAAAUAAAUUGUUGGAAAAUGAAGGAGAAUUUAUUAAAUGAAAAAGAAAAUACAAAAUAUACUGAAAGUAUGGUAGCUAAAAAAAGAGUUAACAAAUUAUAUAAAUGUAAUAAAAAUAUGAUAACAAUUCAUUUAGAUCCAUUUUCUGGGGCGGGAGGUAAUUGCAACGCCAUGAAAAAUGUAUUUACAAUAGCAUCCGAUAUAAAUUUAAAUCGUUUAAAACAAUGCCAACAUAAUUGUAAAUUUUAUAAUAAUAAUAUAGAUUAUAUUUUGUGUGACUUUUUUAAUAUAGUAAAUCAUUUUAGAGAAAAUGUUAUUGAUGUUGUUUUUUUAAGUAUCCCUUGGGGGGGUCCUUCAUAUAAAAAAAAAAAAAAAUUUGAUUUAAAAAAUAAAGAAAAAAAUUUGUGUGUGUACACAUGUUUAAAAGAAUCAAUAAAAUUAACAAAAAAUAUAAUUAUAUAUUUACCUAGAAAUGUGUGCAUUAAUGAUUUAUAUUUUCUUUUUAAAACAUAUAAAAAGUUAUGUACUUUGAAAAAUAAAGAUACUAAAAUAAAUUGUAUAGAGAAUAAGAAAAUGGAAAGGAAAAAUUAUAAUUUUUCCAAAAAAUGUGAUAUGCUUAUUGAGUUGUAUGUAAAUAGAAAUCGAUGUACAUACAAAGAUAUUUGUGAGAGUAAUUUAAUGAAUUAUUAUUAUUAUUAUUUUAAUAAAAAAAAAUAUAUAUAUAAUAACAAAAUAAAAUAUGAUAAAGUUAAAAAUCUUUUUAAAAUUAAUAUUGAUCAAUGUAAUAAUUAUUUGAAAGAAACUAGCGAAAUAAAAAAUAAAUGUAUUAGUAAUAAAAAAUGUCAAAAUGAUGAUAUAUGUUUUCAAAUAAAUGAACAGAUUGCAAACAGCAAUGUUUGUAACACAUUUAGAAGGAAAAAUAAUACCUUAUGGAAAUGGCAUAAUACUUGUAUGGUUAUUUAUUUUGGGGAUAUAUCAAAAAAACUUAAAAAUAAAAAAGCAAUUAACUAUGAUUAUGUUUAUUAUAUCCACAAUAAAUUGGGGAAAUCAAUUACAAAAUUUAUAAAUUACAAAUUACAUCAGGAUAACUGUAUGGUUAAUGAAUAUAAAUAUAGUAACAGAAAUAUGUCUAUAUAUAGAUUACUGUAUAAUGAGAAAAUACAAAAUGUUUUUGAUAUUGUGAAGAAUUUGGAAAAAAAACUUUUUAACUCUUUUAAGCGACAAAAAAAAAAUAAAAAUGAAGAAUUGAAAGAGGAAAAUAAUGAAAAUUUAAAGAAAAUGAAAUUACAAGCAUUUAAUAUUACUCGAAAAAAUAUAGUUAUUCUAAAAGAUAGAGUAAAUAAACUGUUAUAUAAAGUGAUCAGUUAUAUAUUACAAAUGUUUUACAACAAUGUAAAAAAUUUAAUUGGUUUUGAUAAUUUUAGUUUUUUUAAUAAAAUAUAUAUUAAUUUAGAAAAUAUUCAACACAAAUUUUUAACAAGAAAAAUUUAUAGAAAUACAAACAUAAAAAAGUAUGUAACAUAUAUAUAUUCACAUUAUAUUGAUAACAAUUCAGGACUAAAUAUUAUGAUAAAUCAUUUCAAUGUAAUUAUAAUGAAAAUUAAAAAAGAACUUAUACUUUUAUUUGGAAUAUAUUUAUAUGAUAUAAAUUUUUUAAAAUAUUAUUUUAAAUAUCACAAAAUAAAUAUAUCAAUUAAUAAUGUGUGUAAAAAAAAUAUGGGAAACAUCCACUAUAUUAUUGUUAGAUUCCUUUUUAACUUUCUUAUGUAUAUUUGUAUUUUUUUAAAUAUUUUAAAUAAUAAUAUACGAUUACAGGAAUUUAUUAACAAAAAUAUAAUAAACAAUGGAUCUGAUAGUUUUUCAAAUUUAUUAAAAAUACCAAUAAAAGAUUUUGAUAAUAUCUUUGAUAUAAAUAAGAAUAAUUUUUUGUUUAGUUUUCAAAAAUUUCUAAAACGAAUUAUUUUGCUUUCUAUUAAAAUUGAAGUUUUGGGGAAAUCCCUAUCUAUGGAUAAAACUAUUAAUAUUUUUUUUAAUUUUAUAUUUAAAAAAUAUGAUAUAGAUUAUUUAUUAAAUUAUAUUCGUCAUAAUAAUGAAGAGGGUAAUACAAAUGAGAAGUGGUAUCAAUUAUGUCUAUUUUUAAUUACAAUUAAUUUUUUUACAAAACAAUUUUUUUAUAACAUAAAUGUAACAUCAUAUUUGGAUUAUUUUAAUUCUUUAAAUUAUUUUUAUUUCAAUAGAAUGCGCAUUUUAUCACGCCAUUGUAAAAGUUAUUCAAACUUGUUUAUUUUCAAUUUUAGUAGCUUUAUGGAAAAACAUUUUUGUGUGCAAAUUUUAUAA